AUGGCCAAGUGCUUCAGCCUGAUGUUGCUUCUUGCCUCCAUCUGGACCACAAAGCUCCUGGUCCAUGGCUCUCUCCGUGUAGAAGAACUUUCCAUCUCAGCACCAUGCAGAAUUGUAGGGGUCACCCUUGUGAACAAAAAGACAACCCAGCAGCUGAAUUUCACAGAAGCCCAGGAGGCCUGUAGGCUGAUGGGACUAACUUUGGCCAGCAAAGACCAGAUUGAAGCAGCAUGGAGGUCUGGCUUUGAGACUUGCAGCUAUGGAUGGGUUGCAGAUAAGUUUCUGGUCAUCCCUCGGAUUCUCCCGAACCCCAAGUGUGGGAAGAAUGGGAUGGGUGUCCUGGUUUGGAGAAAUUCACUCAGCAAAAAGUUCUUGGCCUACUGUUACAACUCAUCUGAUACUCGGAUUAACUCAUGCUCUCCAGAAAUUAUCACCACCAAAGAUCCCAUAUUCAACACUCAUGAGGCAACAUACACAACAGAAAUGAUCACCAGUGACAGUGCAUACUCGGCUUCAUCUACUGUUGCACCUUACUCUACUACACCUACUAUUGCUCCUACUUCUGCUUUGGCCUCCACUUCUCGACGGAAAAGAAAGUUGAUUUGUGUAACAGAAGCUUUUGUGGAAACUAGCACCAUAUCUACAGAAACAGAAUCUUACAUUGAAAAUAAAGCAGCAUUCAAGAAUGAAGUUGUUGGGUUUGGAGGUGUCCCCACGGCUCUGCUAGUGCUUGCACUCCUCUUCUUUGCUGCUGCAGCUGGUCUCGCAGUUUGCUACAUCAAAAGGUAUGUGAAGACCUUCCCUUUUACAAACAAGAAUCAGCAGAAGGAAAUGAUUGAAACCAAAGUAGUAAAGGAAGAGAAAGUUGAUGAUAGCAAUCCUAAUGGGGAAUCAAAGAAAGCUGAUAAAAAUUCAGAAGAGCCCAAGAGUCUGCCCAAAACUACAGUGCGAUGCCUGGAGGCUGAAGUUUAG